CGCCACAUCUUCCAAACAAUCUGGCCAUCUCAUGGUCCUUCUGGGCAGUACCGCUGUAAAGGAGGCAUUGUUAAUGUGCCUGUUUCCGUUGACACGACAGUGUCGCUGCUACCUCGUCUUCCCACUGAUGCACACGUCCUGCAUGUUCGCGUUGCACGACGAAUGCAAUACAAAGGCAAUUAUAUUACGGGCAAUGUCAGACCAAAUUGUAUCUGGCAAGCUGCUGUGUAUCUUACGGCACAACCUCUUUACCAAUCUCACAAUAUUGGUCUUUCGGACAAUUGGUUGGUCCAGCACUGCCACGUCCAACCAACUGCAGAUGCAAACAUUGAGCCCGAGGAAGAUGAAGAAGAGGAUGAUGCUGAACCUCUUAGCCCCGGUGCACAGGAAACUAUGUUGUCAGCUGAGGAGGCUCAGUACGGUAUAAGGAUGGCCCCUGGCGAGGGUCAUAGGCCUCUCUCGAUUCUUCUUGACGAAGAUACCGAGUAUCUUUCAUUCCCAACAAUUUUUGGCGGGAAUAAACUGCAACCCGUCUUUCAAGGUCGUCCCAUGUCUUACUCGGAUAUCGCCAAAUCAUUUGCCAUGCGGUACGACCGAAGAGUAGCACAACGCCCCGAUUACUUACUCUUCAUGGCGAAGAAGAUUGAGUUGCUGAGACUCUCUAGCAACAUAUCUUUAUGCUUGCGGAAAAAGAAAAUCCGCAAUCGGAAUGACAUCAACGCCGCUAAUCUCAGCAACAAUGAGUUCAUCUACGGACUUGUGCAGCACGAUGAUGCUUAUCGUGUUCUUGCAGGUGUCCGAAAUUCCUGCACACAUUGGCACAAUGAAAAGCAGAAAGUGUUGGCAAUGGUAAGGCAGUUUGGACUGCCAACUUUCUUUCUCACUCUUUCAGCGGCAGAGACACAGUGGCCCGAACUUCUGCAAAUCCUGAAACGGGUUGUUGAUCACGAAAGCAUUAAUGAAGCAGAAGCACUUGCAUUACCAUAUGCUGAAAAAUCAAGGCUGAUUCAGUUGGAUCCCGUUACCUGUGCUCGAUACUUCAAUUACCGACUACAGCAUCUGCAAGUGCUGAUCAUCGAUGAGAUAUCGAUGGUUGGAGAGCCCAUGUUGCGUAUGGUGAACACGCGACUGCGCCAUUUGUUUGGUGAUGCGGAAUUUGGAGGAAAAAGUGUCAUUGCUGUGGGCGACUUUCACCAAUUGCGCCCAGUGAUGGCAGCA